CAGCAGCCGCGGAAAUCCCGUCGUGUAAAAUACUGCCCUUGGACGAGGCAAAUGACGGGAUGAAAAGUUAUUUUGGUUGAAAAUGAAUCUAAAAUAUGAUGCUUGUACAUAACAUUCUUACUUAGAAGAAAGAAAGAACAACGUUGAACAACAUGGCUGCAGCAGUGGUUGAUCUGAGAGCAAAGCGCACCGAGGCAGUUGCCCCUCGCAGCCUGUUUGGCACAGUCGUGGAGAUCAAAGACAAGAAAGCUCUGGCUGAGGCGGAGAGGGCCAAACCGGUUCCCAAAGCUGCCAAGCCAGACAAACUGGCCCCUUACAGGGAUCCCAAUGCCCAGAGCAUCAUAAAAGCCGAAGAAGAGGAGUUACGCAGGCAGAUCCACAAAGCCAGGCACGCAAAAGGGAACCUCGAGGAAACCCAGCUGAACGCUGUCCACUUCAGUCCCGACGAGACCACCAUCAAAGGCCAGAUUCCCGAAGGCGUUCUCACAUUCACCCCUAAGAGAGAGUACAGCCCUUACCAGAAUGACAUCAAGCACAACCCUCGCGACAUAGCCCUCGGGGAGCAGUUCAACAGGCUGGGCUUGGAUCAGAAGAUGGAUUACAACUACGACAGAUAUCGUCGUCCGGCCACAAACUCCAACUUCCAGCAAGCCGGCACUGUGCUGGGCAAAGGCGGCUCGUUUUCGUACAAAGGAAAGAGUUAUGCGACAGUUAAUGGAAUACCAAAAACCAGGUCUGGUGCCGGCCUCCCUCCUGUGGAAUCCCCCAGUAAAGGACCUGGCGGUAUAUACUACAUACCCCCUAACAUAAGGCACAUUUACGGGGACAGCUUGUGCGAUCAACUCCUCGAGAACAAAGAGGAUUUCCAGAAAUCGAUGGAGGCAAAGUUGCCGCAGCGCCGCCGCACCGCUGGCCCGAGCUCCCCGGUCCAUAUUGAACUCAAAUCGGAGCCGCUGUACGAUGCAUUGGGCAAUGCGCUGAGACAGGACAUUUUCAACGGCGUGUCGCACAGCCACAUCAAGAGCUUGAAUACGAGUUCCUACACUGAGGAUAUCCCUGCCAAGUCCACAGAGACUUAUCCACCGAAAUUUGGGGUGCAGAGAAAUCAAGACAGUAAAUGGAACGAGGACAAUGUGCUGAGGCAACGCAUGAAGAAGCAGUGGGAUGCCAUGCUGCAGAGUACCAAGAAAGAGUAACUUAAGCAACCCUAGGAUGCCCUAUAUGAGUGAAGUUCAAUACGUAUACUCGUUUUUGCUGAAUCGUU